AUGUCUGCCCUCCAGAUACAUGCAGAUGACCCAAGGGAUCCAAUUCAAGAAGCCCGUCGUCGUCGCGACAUCUCUCUUGCAGUGGAACCGCCGCUGCCUGAUCUACCAAAGGACCUUCCACUCAAUGUGACAAGCCUGCCGCGUGGGAUUUUGACGGCGCGCGAGUGCGAGAUCACAGAGAAGACUCCCGAGGGCCUGGUUGAGCUUCUGGCAAAUGGACACUUCUCAGCUGUUGAGGUCAUAGAGGCCUUUCUGAGAAGGGCCGCUCUUGCACAACGUCUGGUGAACUGCGUCACAGAGCUGCUCCCACAAGCCGCCCUGAAGCGAGCAAAAUGGCUUGAUAACUACUACAAGGAGCAUGGGCGGACAAUUGGUCCUUUACAUGGUCUUCCCAUCAGUGUCAAAGAGCACAUAUCAUUGAAAGGGUGGGAAGUUAAUUUCUCGUUUGUCGCGCGUAUUGGCACGAUCGUGGAUACAGAUGGCCUGGCACUUAAAGCCAUGUGUGACGCUGGCGCGAUUCCAUUCGCGAGAACAACCCAACCCCAAACAUUGAUGCACCUUGAAACAUCGUCCACGAUUUACGGAGUGACUACCAACCCUUACAACACUAUGCUCACACCGGGGGGAAGCUCUGGUGGGGAGAGCGCCUUAAUUGCUCUGCGCGGUAGUCCAUUAGGGUUCGGAUCAGACACAGGCGGCAGUAUCAGGGUCCCAGCUGGUCACACUGGAAUCUAUGGGCUGAAGCCGACCUCAACGCGGUUGAGCCAUCUUGGCUUAACCGGCAUCGCGGGUGGGAGGGAGCAGAUUCCUUCCGUCAUUGGCCCAAUGUCGACCAGCAUAGGUGGUCUGGAGAUGCUGAUGAAAACAGUAAUUAACAGCAAGAUGUGGGAAGUUGAUCCGUCGCUCCCGCCAAUAGAGUGGCGUGAUGGUGUUGACUGGCUGCUGCGGGGAAGCGCCGGCUCGAGGAAACUCAAAGUCGGUAUCAUGUGGGACGACGGUCUUGUUACCCCUCACCCUCCUGUUCGUCGUGCAAUGCGCGAAACGGUUGAGAAGCUCCGGAAGGAUCCAGAUAUAGAAAUCGUCGAUUGGGCCGAGUUCUCCAUGAAAGAUGCCUACGAAAUUUGGUCAACUCUAAUCUUUGCCGAUAAUGGUGAGGUAAUGCUGAAUCUGCUCGAUGAUGGCAAGGAGGAGUUGAGACCGCUUACUGAAUGGAUAUUCAAACAUAACCCACACAAAGCGAAACGAUCGCUACAGGAAGUUUGGGACUGGACGGCCAAGCGGGACGAGUUCCGGGGAAAGUUUGCACACGCCUGGCACAAGACCGGUGCGGUGGACUCACAUCCAAUCGAUGUUCUCCUAACUCCUCUCUACAUUGGCCCACCGGCGAAACUGGAUGAAUCCAAAUACUGGAAUUACAGCCUUCUAUUCAAUCUUCUGGAUUAUCCUGGUGUUUCAUUCCCGGUCACGACUGUUGAUCCCACCCUUGAUCCUAUCGAUGUCGAUUUCCUUCACAAAGGAGAUAUAGACCUUGAAACCCACAAACUCUAUAAACCAGAUUGGUACAAAGACGCCCCGAUUUCUCUCCAACUUGUUGCUCGCCGUUUCGAAGAUGAAAAAGUAAGUAAUGACUUUCACAUUUCACCAAUUUGA